AUGGCAGAGAUAAAUCGCAGGAAAAAGGAAGUUGAUGAUGUUUGUGGCAAAGAGAAAGAAAGCGAGCCCGAAAAGGGUUUAGACUCAGAUAGAGAUGGCAGGAGAAAGAAGGAGGUAAAAGUCUCGAUAGUGUGGUCGCUUCUCCUGAAGGCAAUGUGGAGAAAGAAGGAGCGGGACGAGGGUAAAAGGCAGAAGCGGGAGAAGCUCUUGGAGGAGGCUAACCAGCCGAGGGUGUCUACAAGGGUAGCUGGGAAGAUAGAGAAGAAGGCAGCAGAAAAGGUAGAGAAGGAAAGGAAGAAUGCAGAAGAAAAGCUAGAAGAAGAAAGAAAGGAAGAAGGCAGAAGAAAAGGCUGA